AUGAGAAAUGAUAUUAAUCUCACUGCCAUUCUCCGUGUGUCCAUCUCUCUCGCUCGGUGUUGCGGCGUGGAGUUUGAACAAUAGGUGUAGGACUUACCCCGUUCGGAGGUCCACCCAGGGCGGGGGAAGCUGCUAUUUACAUGAGGAGCCCGCCACAUUCUAUGAGUGUUGAUCCUCCCCGCAAAUCUGCCUCAGAUAACUUCCAGAUAUCGCUUCAUCGCCAAACCUCUGCGCAUAUCAGACGAAAAUGGCACCAGUAUAUAAGUUCGCCAUCGUUCAGCUGCAGCCCAAGGAUGUCGCCGUCGAAGAGAACUAUGCCAAAGCCGAGUCGUACAUCCGCGAGGCGGCUGCUCAGGGGGCCGACCUCGCCAUCCUCCCAGAAUACCACCUCACCUCGUGGUGCCCGGACCACCCGGACUUCAUCGCCGCAUGCAAGGCUUCUGUCCCUUACCUGGCUCGCUACCAAGCCCUUGCCCGCGAGCUCGGCAUCAACAUUGUCCCCGGCACCAUCUGCGAGAUCCACCCGGCCUAUGACACCAGUACCACCACCACCACCACUAAGGAUAGCGAGAUCCGCAACAUGACCUACUGGAUCUCCCCCGCCGGCUCCCUGUUAGGCAGCUACCAAAAGAAGAACCUCUGGCACCCGGAACGGCCACACCUGACCGCCGGCACCGUCGAAACACCACACACGGCCUUUGACACGCCCCUAGUAACCUGGGAUGAUGCCGGCCGCCACCGCCCGAUCCGCGCGGGGCUGCUGAUCUGCUGGGACCUGGCGUUUCCGGAGGCGUUCCGGGCGCUGGUGGCCGACGGCGCGGACGUGGUUGUUAUUCCGUCGUUCUGGCUCGUGCGGGACGAGGACGAUCCUGGGGAUGCAGACCUCGCGCGGCGGGUAAGGGUCAACCAGGAGUGUGAGCAGCUGUUUUUGCGGAGUGUGCUGGUCGCCAGAGCGUUUGAGAAUACCGCCGCCGUGGUGUACUGUAAUGUUGCCUCGGGCGGGUUGAGUCAGGUCGUGAUGCCGGUGGUUGGUGCGGUCGGCGGGCCGGGUGGUGGCGGUGGGGGGCAGGGGGCUGAGGGGGUGUCAGUGGUGAUGGGGGUUGGAGAGGAAGGGGUUAGGGUGGUGCAGGUGGAUUUUGGGCUUCUUGGACUUGCUGAGGAAGGGUACAAGAUUCGUAAGGACAUGAUGGGCGAGGGGUGGCAUUAUGGGUAUACGCUGCGCAAGGACUAGGAGGGAGCAGGGCCUAAUGCGGCACCAACACUUGCUCCUGAGGGGGAUGUUGCCUUCGAAUUUACUAACACUACGCCGCCGUAAUACGCCGGUUCCUUGGACGAUUUCGACUUCGAUGGUUUUCUCGCUGACGGACCACCUGGCAUGACGUUC